AACUUGUGUUAUAUAUAAAGCUUUUUUGAAAAUACUAAGAAUUUUGUUGAAAAGAUUUGUUAAUUUUGUUGAUUGUUUGAUAUAAAUAAUAAAUUGUUAGAAAUGUGUGAUACAAGUAGUGAACUGUCCGAUUGCGGCCAUUCAGUGGACAGCGGCUUCAUGUGUCUGUCGCCCGACGGUGUUAUUGAGGACACGGGUAGUCAUCAACUGUUGCCAUAUUAUGACGACUUGAGUACGACUGACUCGAUCUACUCUUCGGACACCGAGUUUUCCGAUCAAAUGUCCAACGAUGACAAAGAGCCGUCGGUGACGAUGACGCUCAACAUUAACACAACGACGGGUCUCGUGUUGGCCACCACUAAGACAACGUCGUCGUCGUGUUCGGUGAGAAACAAAUGGCUGGAUAUGGACUUACCGUUAGUGUCAAACGGUCUGACAGAUGACAACCAAAUGGUUAUAAUUAACGGCAAAGAAGUUGACCUCAGAUGUGAAAGGUAUUCGGUGUUAAGCUAUGAACAGGUGUGUCGAUUGGAUCGAGUGAUGGAUGAAGUGGUGCCCAUUCACGGCAGAGGCAACUUCCCGACCCUUGAAAUUAAACUCAAAGAUUUAGUUCAAGUGGUCCGCAACAAACUGGAGACAGAAAACGUGCCGAUUCGGGACAUAAGACUGAACGGAGGCGCCGCCAGUCAUGUACUGACCCCCGAAAGCUCGGUUUACAAUGACUUAGACCUGAUCUUUGGAGUUGAUCUCUCCAAUCACCGCAACUUCGAUCGGGUUCGGGCCGCUGUACUCGACUCUCUGCUUGACUUCUUGCCGGACAUUACUAUCAAGAAAAGGUUGAGUACAUGUAGUCUUAAGGAGGCAUACGUUCAUAAAAUGGUAAAAGUGACUGAUGGCGAUCGUUGGUCACUAAUUUCGUUGUCCAACAAAAGUGGUCGAAACGUUGAGAUUAAGUUUGUCGACGUAAUGAAGAGACAGUUCGAGUUUUCGGUCGACUCUUUCCAUAUAAUCCUCGACUCAUUGCUCCAGUUUUACGAGUGCUCCAAAUCCAUGUCUAUUACCGAAAAUUUCUAUCCGACAGUAGUGGCUGAGAGUGUUUACGGAGACUUUCGCGAAGCUCUUCAUCAUUUACAGAAGAAAUUGAUUGCUACCCGAAAUCCGGAAGAGAUUCGUGGCGGAGGUCUACUCAAGUAUUGCAAUUUAUUAUCAAGAAAUUACCGGCCAUACGACGAGUCAAAAAUAAAGAAAUUAGAGAAAUACAUGUGCUCUCGAUUUUUCAUUGAUUUCAGUGAUUUGGGACAACAGCGGUCCAAACUUGAGGGCUACCUCUCCAAUCAUUUCUCCGGUUUCGAGCAUUUAAAGUUCACAUACCUGAUGACACUUUACCGAGUGGUCAACGAGUCUACCGUAUGUCUGAUGGGACACGAAAGACGCCAAACGCUUAAUCUAAUCGACGAACUCGCACACUAUGUCUACUAUCUGGACCAGCAAAGGCUGGCUGCCAAACAUCACUUUGAGCAACACCAGCACCACCACCAACAACAACAGCACCAACACAGCCAGUCAUAUAUGAUUUGUACGGGCGCUCCUCAAUACUAUUACACUCCAUUUAUGCCAACACACCAUCAAAUGAGUCCUACGGCGCCGCCACCACCGCCGACGGCCACCUGUUAUACGACGUGCCACUGCGGCCACGGAUGGAUGCCAUGUACCGUAUGAGCGCUGAUAAUAUUGUUUCGUUACUUUUUCUUAAGUGGCCAAUAAUUAUCAUUACAUAAGUAUCUUCAUUGCAUCCUUUAAAAAAUCAUCGAUAAAUUUUUCAAAGUUUGACAGC